AUGCCGUUCAUACCUAAGAAUAAGAAGAAAUGGACGAAGAGUUUUAAAGUAUGGAUCUCUGAGCUCAAGUUCUAUUUACACAAGAGAAAUAAGUUCUCUAUGCUGUUACUCAUCAGUGUGAUAAUAUUCCUUCUCUAUGAAUUGACUUCUUCUCUUCCAUCAAAGAGUAGCGCUGGUUAUAGGAUUCCAAAGACACAUGGGAUGUAUCAAAAUGAAGUGCAAUCCUCGACUCCAUUGAUCUUCCCCAGCGUUCAAGAUCAUGGCACACUAAAAGAGUUAGGUGUCGAAGGUCUAUUCACACUGAGAAUCGAUGUUGAUGGGAACAGAGAGUACGUUUUCAAACCGGAAGAUACACCAAUGACUGAAGCAGAAAGGAAAGAGCUGGCUGAAACCGAUAAGAAGAAAUUCGUGAAGAGAACCUUUUUAGAUCAUGGUAAAUUGGUUUACAAGAAUAAGGCCAAUCAUCCAGAAGUGGUUAUCGUUACCAUCAUUGAUUUUGAAAACUAUUCCUUGGACCACAUCAUAAAUACUGUUCAAAACAGAGUCGAUUACGCCCAGCGUCAUAACUACGGCACUUACGUCAGAUGGGCCCAGGAAUUCCUGCCACAAGUGCAAAAACAGAGCAUGGAAGCUUCCUACGAAUUCAUCAAACCGUUGGCCGUGAGAGCUGCCAUGAAUGCGUUCCCAUACGCCAAAUAUUUCUGGUUCUUCGACCAAAACGGGCUAAUAAUGCAACUUGACACUUCCUUACAACAACAACUAUUGGAACCAAAGGUAUUGGAUGCAGCUGUCUUGAAAAGCGUUCCAGUGUUCGAGAAGUCGAACAUCAAGACCUACAAACACUUCGAUGCAAAGACCGCUAAAAUCAUUAUACCAAAAACCGGUGCGGGGAAACUGGACACCUCCAGUUUCGUCGUUACUCCCAGUAUACACGGUAAAGCGUUCCUAGAUUACAUAAACGACCCAUUGGUGAGAAACUACCCAUGGCCAUCCUCGUUCACUAGCGCGAUCGGGCACUUGCUACAAUGGCAUCCAAGAAUACUAAAGAGAACCGCAUUGGUGGUACCCAAGACUAUUGCCUCCGUGUACAGUCCCUCAGCAGUUAAAAAACAAGCGGACGAUGCAGAAAGGUUCAAUUAUAUGGACGGAGACUUCGUCAUCACGUUUACUGGAUGUGAAGCGUCCAAAACUUGUGAGAUAGAACUGGACAAACAUUAUCAGCUAGUUAAGCAGGACUGA